UUUUGUGUCAACUGUCACGUUUGACAUUGACGUAAAUAAAAAUCAAAACAAAGUGCUAUCAACGUCUUUGUGCAUUCGAUUAAAAGUGUUUGUGCCUUCGUUCGUUAUAAUAAAAAACAUUAAAAUGUCUAGCGAUAUGGAUAAAUUAAAAAAAACUACGCGUUAUACGCUCACAGUGCAAAGGAACCAUUACAAGAAUCGACAGUUUUGUCAAGGAUCCAGAAACUUUGGCAGCCGCCAGCGCCGAUAUAUUAGAGGCGCGUAAAGAGAAGCUCAUUUCCACCUUAAAAAAUUACGAAGAGGUGCAAAUGGACAUCCUUAGCAUUGAUGAGAACGACGGUGAACAGGUGGGAGAGGUUGAAGACAAAUAUUAUUCUAUAUUAGCCAAAAUUAAUAGCUCCCUUAAAAUGCUAAACACGAAAGUGACUGCGGAGUGCCACAACGCAUCCACAUGUAAGUUGCCCACAAUCGAAAUACCCUUUUACGAUGGAAAGGAUUUCACUAAAUUUAAACCUUUUUUCGACUUAUUCACAGCUGUCAUUGAUCAGAAUAGCUCACUAUCUGAUGUGCAAAAGCUUUUUUAUUUGCGAAAGUACCUACAGGAGGAUGCGUUAGCGGUUAUUUUGAAUUUGCCAUUGAUAAAUGAAUCAUAUAAGGAAGCAAUAAAAUUAUUAAAAAAGAGAUUUGACAACAAGGCUAGAUUAGUAGCAAACCAUAUAGGUAUAUUGUUAGAUAUUUCUAGUAUACAAAAAGGCACAGCGGCUUCCAUACGAACAACAUGUUUCAUGUCCAUGUUUCACAAAUUAAUCAACAGUUGCAUGCAUUAAAAAAUUUAGAUGAACCCGUUGAUAAAUGGGACAUGCUUUUAAUAUCAAUAUUGACUCGUAAGCUAGAUCAAUUCACACACCGGGCUUACCAGUUAGACCGGGACUCCGAUACCAUGCCUACUAUGGCUGGUUUCAUUGAAUAUUUAGAAAAGCGUGCUAUAGCGCUCGAAGAUAGUCAUCAAAAUAAACAUAGUACCUACUAUGAUGGUACCAACAAACAUUUAAAUAAUAAAAGUACUUGCUAUGAAGGUACUCAUAAAUCAAUACCUAAGGUCACAAAUGUGGUAUCGAAGUCGUUGCCGCCCUGUAGGUAUUGUGCUAAUAAAGACCAUCAGAUAUAUAACUGUCCCAUGUUUAAAAUGUUACCUACAGCUCAAAGGCAAUCUUAUGUAAAUGAAAAGCAAAUGUGUAAUGUAUGCCUUAAUAAUCAUGAUGGUAAAUGUAAAUUUAGUUUUAAAUGUAAAAUGUGUAAACAGGGCCACAACACAUUGCUGCAUCAGGAGCGCAAUGUGAAUGUGGACAAGCCCAGGACAAAUAAUGAUGUCAGUCAGCAGCCACUAUCAUCUGAUACUGGGUUGCAUAAAAACUGAAAAUGGACCGGUAUUCCAGAAUACCAUGUUAGGAUAUAUUGUCGGAGGAAGUAUUCCUGAAAAAGGACACCACUGCGUGUUCAAUCCGUCAAGUCGAACCUCACAUCAUCGUGUGGUCUUUGAUGGAUCGAUGAGAUCUAGAAAUGGGACAUCGCUGAAUCAAGUCAUGCUGAACGGACCUGUUGUACAGAGUGAGCUCUUUGACAUUCUUAUUUUAUUCAGGACUUAUCCAUUUAUUUUCACUUGUGAUAUUCAAAAGAUGUUUCGCAAUGUUUUUAUAAAUGAACAUCAACGCGGACUUCAAAACAUUUUAUGGCGCGAUUCGCCCAAAAACCCUAUCAACUGCUUGCAGCUUCAAACUGUUACAUACGGUUUAAAAUCAAGCACAUUUUUAGCUACAAGAGCUUUAAAGGAGCUAGCAAAUAUGCAUAAGGACCAUUUUCCUUUGGCCGCUCAGGCUAUUUAUAAAAAUACAUUUGUUGAUGAUGUGCUGACUGGUGCUGAUGAUGUGGAGACACUUCAGGAGCUGAAAAGGCAAAUUGUAGAGCUUCUAAAAUUAGGUAGUUUCUCAUUACAUAAAUGGUGUUCGAACCAUGCUCCAGUUUUGAGCGAUAUACCAGUUGAGCACAGACAAAUUGAUAGUGUAGAGAUAGGUAAAAAUGACACAGUGAAGACUUUAGGUCUUACACUCGAAAUAAAUUCAGAUAAAUUGAGUUUCUCUUGCCCUGCAAUUGAUGAGUCAACAAUACUGAACACAAAAAGAAAAAUUCUCAGCUUUAUAGGGAAAAUGUUUGACCCACUUGGUAUAAUUGGCCCAGUAAUUGUGGUGGCCAAACUAUUCAUGCAAGAACUCCAUAGCUCUAUGCGUAAAGAUUGGGACUCUACAAUCCCAAAUGAACAAUUCCUAUACUGGUCAAAGUUUUUAAAUAAUUUAAUGCAAAUGGGUCAAAUCAAAAUAGAAAGAUGUGUUAACUUUAAAUUUGUAUCACAUGUAGAGCUAGUAGGAUAUGCCGAUGCAUCUCUUAAGGCUUUCGGGAGCUGUCUCUACCUAAGAGUUUUUAUGACUGAUGGCUCGGUCCAAGUGAACUUAUUAUGUUCCAAGUCCCGUGUGUCCCCACUUUCUAAAUCUCACACUAUACCUCAAUUGGAGCUUUCUGCUGCUCUACUUUUAGCGCAAUUGGUAGGUAGAGUCAGUAAGAUUUUAAAUGAUAGAGUUCCUCAUAAAAUAUUUCUUUAUAGUGAUUCUCAAAUUGUUUUGUGGUGGAUCAAGACAGAGGCAGUAAAAAGUACUGUAUAUGUAAAAAAUAGAGUCAAACAAAUUGUAGAGCUUACUGAAAAAUCACAAUGGCUGUAUGUUAGGUCAAAAGAUAAUCCUGCUGACUUAUUAUCAAGGGGCGUUGAACCGCAUAAGCUGCAGGAGUCUGAUCUAUGGUGGCAUGGUUUGCCUAGUCUCUGUGAUGUAAAUUAUACACAUGCAAAUUCUGAAGAAUUUAAUUAUAACGAUUUCAUGACACAUGUAGACUCGCAUGGUGCUUCAUUUGAUGCGUCUUCUGACGAUGUAGAGGGAAUUUUGUGCCAUACCACAAAUAUAGAGCCUCUGGAUUUAUUAAGAAAAUAUUCUAACAUCAAUAAACUUCAAAGAGUUAUAGGUUUUAUGUAUAGAUUUUAUAAUAACUGCUUGAACAAAGACAACAAAAUUACAAGCAGUUACUUAACUGCAAAGGAAUUGCGUGACUCUAUGACGAAGAUUGUACGUUGUACACAGGCAGAGCAUUUUGGUAAAGAAUUAGUCCUGCUCUCAAAAAUAAGCCUGUGACAAUUGGUGAUCAAUUAGCGUUUCUAGAUAAAAACGGUGUAAGUAGGGCCGUGGGGAGACAGCAAAAUGCAGAGAACCUGUCUUAUGACAAGCGGCAUCCAUCUAUACUUCCAAAAAAUUAUUAUUUGCUUUCUGAAGCUGCACCUUACUCACAUCCUUUCUGCAGUAAGUCAUUUCAAGGUCAUGAUGGAACGCAACUGUUUGAUUGAACAGGGUAGCAACACAUAACUCUUUUCCACCAUUCUGUCUAACGAUAGCGGCAUCGUUUACCAGAUCAUCACGGAAAGACGUGUGUGGGGUACUUAAUAUUCUAGUGAACGAAUGGUUGUCUAUACUUAAAUGCGUGCGAAUGUCCGGAACCUAUUUUAAUUUUUGGAAACUAAAGUUUAUGAACUUUUAUCGGUGCGUGUUUUCUAGUUAGGUGCGUUUAAUUAAAGGAUGUGGAUAUAUAAUGCUUAUAAAUACUGUGUAUGUUGGUACAUAUAAGAAUGUUUUGCAUGGUAAAAUAGUUUUAGGUAUAGUCGUUAGAUUUGUAGCUGGCCCCGAAAGGCUUAUCCUUUUUCCUUAGGCUUUGGAAUUAAGCAAGACUUCUGGAAAACCUGGUCUCAAAGUUAUUUGACCCAACUUCAAAGCCGCCCCGAAUGGAAAUACCAGCAAACUAAUUUAAAGGAAGGUGAUUUGGUAAUUGUAAAGGAUAUAAACACCUCUCCAUUAAAUUGGCCAAUGGCUCGUAUAGUAAAAACGUUCCCUGGUAGGGACGGAUUAGUAAGGGUAGCUGAUGUUAAAAUUAAUAAUAAGAUAUUUCGUAGAGCCAUAACUAAGUUAUGUCCUUUACCUGUAUUGUAGUUUUAAUAACUUCUCUUAUGUUUAGAUUCCUGUUGGCGGGUCCAAUCUUUACCUUUAUGUAAUUGCCUGGCCCCAACUAUGUUUAAUACAAAACAUAUAGCGUGUAAGCUUAGCUUAAGUUAUUUUUCUAUAUAGCAACAUAUUUUGUAGUUGCCCUAUAAUUUGCAUGUGGCAACUCUCUCUCUUCUUUCUCGAUCCGAACCGACGACACGUCCCGCGAUCACCUUUGUAAUAAUUUUUAAUAUAAAAGUGAAUAAAAGUUCAUUUAAACUUAAAAA